AUGACGACCUCAAAAUCGGCCAGCUAUGAUUAUCUCAUCAAACUAUUACUUAUUGGCGACUCGGGUGUCGGAAAGAGCUGUCUGCUCCUACGGUUCUCUGAUGAUUCCUUCACACCCUCCUUCAUCACAACCAUUGGUAUCGACUUUAAGAUUAGAACCAUUGAACUCGACGGAAAGAGAAUCAAACUUCAGAUAUGGGAUACCGCUGGCCAAGAACGUUUCAGGACCAUCACCACAGCAUACUAUCGAGGUGCCAUGGGUAUCUUGCUAGUCUAUGACGUGACAGACGAGCGUUCCUUCAACAACAUUCGCAACUGGAUCCGAAACAUUGAACAACAUGCAAGUGAUGGUGUGAACAAGAUUUUGGUGGGAAACAAGUGCGAUAUGUUAGAGAAGAAGGUCAUUUCAAAAGAACAAGGACAAACAUUGGCUGAUGAAUAUCAAAUCAAAUUCCUGGAAACAUCUGCAAAAUCCAAUAUCGGAGUCGAAGAAGCAUUCUUCUCUCUGGCCAGGGAUAUCAAGAAGCGUUUGAUUGAUUCAAACAGUGAUGCACGACCGCAGGGAGCCAAAGACAAUGUCAAUAUCGCAUCACCACCCACAGCUGCCGGCGCAUGCCAAUGCUAA